AUGAAACAAAUAGUGAUAAAUUUCUCUGAUCUUAAUGAUGAAGCAAAGAAAAAGUAUAUUAGAUUUUUGAAACAAAAUAACAUAAGCAUAGAGAAUUAAUCAUUAAAGAAAUCGCAAUUGCAUUUAUAACAUCGAUCUAGAUAAUUUAGUACUUUGAGUGACAUUGCCAAUAGCAAGGCCUUCACACCAGCCAGUAAUAGAUUUCAUUUAAUAAGGAAGAGUCGUAGAAAUAAGUUUCCUAACACUUUAAGACAGAUCAUUCUGUUGGAGCCAAAUUUAGCGAUUUAGAAGAGGCAUAUCCUAAAAUAAUGAGUAGAAUUUAAAAUAAAGACCUAUUAUCAAGACCUUUGAAAUUGAAUUUUAACGAGCUAAGUCUUCUGAUAGAGGAAAUAUAUUAAAAAAAGUUUGUAGAAGAUUCUAAUCAAAUUGCUAGGAAUUAGAAAGUUUCAGAAAUUGCAUUUGUUGACUAUGUCUACGAAUUUCUAUAAAAUAAGUUUAAGCAUUCAAAAAAUCAAGUAAGAUUUUACUUAUUAUAUUAGUUAAUAAUAAACUUUUUAGCAUCUGUUGAUUUACAUGCAUUGAAAAGGAAAGAUGUAAAUAUUUUCUAGCAAUUUUUGAAAUUCAAUAAACAAGAAGUGUUGACAUUUUACUUGUUCACAAGAGCAGUUAUAUAAAAGGAACUUAAAUUGUCAUUCUAUCAUCGUAAACUAUUUUAGUUAUAUCAUUAUUAAAGCACUUAGAAAGCAAGGGAUAGAUAGUAAUCAAUUGCAAUUGAAUUAAAAGUAGGUUCAAUAGAUCUCCUUACUUUUAUAUGGAUCCCCAGAGAAAUAUCAAGAAUUCAAGAAAUUCUUUCCUGGAAACAGCAUAUCUGUAAGUGAAUUUUCGUUUGCAGCCAUCCUAAUUUAUGAAGCUCAACAUCAAACCAACAAGCAAAAACCAUUUUAACAACAACACAGAUCACUCUCCCCUCUUCAAAAUACCAGUUAUGACGACUCUUAGGAAUUAAGAUAACCAGACUCUCCUUUGUUUAUGCAAUCAGAAAUGUCUAUGGAUAAUAACAGGUAGUAAAAUGAAAACUUCUUCUCCUCUGCCUUAUAAAGUGUUAGUAGUCAGAAGAAGCAACGCUGGCAAGUGUAGAUAAAAUUUCAUCGAAUGCCCAGUGCUGCUAAUAAUGUUUAAAAGUUGAUUAAUGAAAAAUUGGAAACCAAAUUAUCUGAUUUUAUUGAAGAAAUGCUUUCAGAAAUGGAGGAUCUCACUGAUGAUUAAAAAUAAUAGUGUGUGAGUGGAAUAGAAGCUAGGAUUGUAGACACUAUGGCCAUUCUUUUGGAUGCUAUCUAUAAGUAUGAUAAGUUAUUAUGGUAUUAUUAAUUAAACUUAUCAAGGUUUAAGAAACUGAACAAAUAGCCAGAUGAAUUUGGAUUAGAGUAUAUAGAGAAUUUAUAGAAACUUUAUCGUUCACUAGUAAAGGCAAAACAGCCUUUGGAUGAUCAAUUAGAUUAGCUUUGCCAAUAGAUGAUGCAAGUAAUGAAUUAAUUAAUAUUUAAAGACUCCAGAUUUAGCGAAGUAAAUAGGAAAUGAAUUAUUGCAAUACUUCUAUAAUUGUAAAUGA